UGUGGCGUCCCUCGGAGCCGCGCGGCAGCUGCAGAGGUGAUCUGAAGCAUGGAGAAGAUACCUGUCCUGGGCCUGGGCACCUGGAAGGCAGCCCCAUGGGAAGUGACGGAGGCGGUCAAAGUGGCGAUAGACACGGGCUUGUACCACAAUGAGAAUGAGGUUGGAGUGAGGAUCCAAUGCAAGGUUAAGGAGGGCAUGGUGAGGCGGAAGGACCUGUUUAUUGUCAGCAAGAUCGAGCGCCACCCAUACCUGACUCAGAAGAACCUGAUCAGUUUUUGCCAAUGGAGAAUUGUGUCCAUGACUGCUUACCGGCCCCUCGGGGGCUCCAGUGAGGGGGGCGCACCUGAUGGAAGACCCUGUGAUCCAGAUGAUCUCUCAGAAGCACAAGAAGUCUGCAGCUCAGAACUGAAAACCACAAGGACUAUCCCUUCAAAGCAGAGUACUGAGGCCCUCCUUGGCCGGGACAAAUCCUCGCCGAGGCACAGGCAGCUCUGGUCAGGGAUGCUGGGACACAGUUGGAUUUGGGAACCCCAGCCAUAUCGCAACUGAUCAGGCUAAGUGACAUGGAAUGAAGCAGGUACGUUCUCAUCCUUGAGAUGUCCUCCAAUCAUCAACCCAAAACCAAGAACUCUGGAGCAACCACAGACACUGCUGUUAAUAUUCAUCAUGAAAUGGAUAAUUUGGAUGAUGAGACAGUCUAAAAGGCAGUAACUCUUCUUGCCCGUUCACUCGAUGCCAGUCCCUGGAUGCCAGAUGUUGUACUGUACUACCAUACUUUUCAAGGUACUGUACUGUAAGAUUAAAAAUGUUUUCUUUAUUUUUUGUGUUUAUUUGUUAUGUAUGUUUGUGUGAAAAGUAUUAUAAACCUAUUACAGUGCAGUACUAUAUAGCCGAUUGUGUUAAUUGGGUACCUAGGCUAACCUUGUUGGACUUACGAAUGCACUCUCGGAAAGGGACUCAUUCGUAUGUAGGGGACUUACUGUAAUCAUUUUUGAGGUAGGCAGUGCUAAACCACUGGAUAAUUAUUGUUGAUUAAAAUGACUGAUAUUAAUUGUUAAAAAUUACUACCUGCUUCUUCACUGUCCCUUACUUUUCCCUAUCAUUUUCUUAUAUUAUUCAUUCAACAAACAUUUACUAAUUACUCAGAGAGAGGGCAGUUUUUUAAAAAUCCUUCCCUACGAAUCUAGCGUUCUGUGGUAAACAGAAAGUAAACAGAAUAGGUUAGCAAACCACACGGUAUGUUAAUUAGGGAGGUGGGCCAAGAGAAAAAUGGAGCAGGAUCGAGGGGAAGGAAGGGCUGUACAGGGCUGCGUUUUUAGAUAAAGUGACAGAGAAGGUGUCACAGAGGUGCCAUCUGAGUUAAGACUGACAGUGGUGAAGGAGUGACCAUCCAGGUAUUUGGAGAAAGAACAUUCUGGGCAGAGGGAACAGACAGUGCAAAGGCCCCAAGAUGGGCCUGACACAUGUGGGGGACAGCAAGGAGGCCAUUGGGCUGCACUGGAGUCAGAAGGGGCAGAACAGCAGGACUUGGAGGCAGAGGCAUGGGGAGACCAUGUCCUGCUGGCCUUUGUAGGUUUUGUGAGGACUCUGGCCUUUACUCUGAGUGAGAAGGCAAGCCACCAGAUACCGAGAAGAGGACUUCCCCAUCAGACCUACUAUUUUUUUUGUUUGUUUUUUGUGGGUUUUUCUUUUCAGAAAAUAGUGUUUUUAUUUUUUUUUGAUUUAAAUUUUUAUUUUAUAUUGGAGUAUAGUUUAUUUACAAUGUUGUGUUAGUUUCAGGUGUGCAGCAAAGUGAUUCAGUUAUACAUAUACAUAUAUCCAUUCUUUUUCAGAUUCUUUUCCCAUAUAGGUUAUUACAGAAUAUUGAAUAUAGAGUUCCCUGUACUAUACAUUUUAUAUGUAGUAGCGUGUAUAUGUUAAAUAAGUCAGACAGAAAGAUAAAUAUCAUAUGAUAUCACUUAUAUGUGGAAUCUAAAAAGAAUGACACAAAUGAACUUAUUUACAAAACAGAAACAGACUUACAGACAUAGAAAACAAACUUAUGGUUACCAAAGGGGAAAGGUGUUGGGGGAGGAAUAUUAGGAGUUUGGGAUUAACAUAUACAGACCUACAUUUUUACCUCAUUCACUGUGGUGAGUACGGGCAGAGACAAAGUACAGAAGCAGAGAGAGCAAAUAGCAGCCAGUUAGU